GGAUACAAAGGAGAAAUUUGCGCGAUUCAACGAAUCCCUUUGAAAUGCCGGAAGAGCGCUUUCGUGAAUUAUUUAGAUUCACGAGAGAAAUUGCAAUGAUUCUUUUGGAGGAAUUAAGACCCCAUAUGACCCAGGGACAACGAAUAACUUUCAUUCCCAUCCCGCUAAGAGUUUGUGCUGCUCUUCACUUUUUUGCGUCAGGGUCAUACCAACGAGACAUUGGCCACGAUUUUUCUGCCGCCAUGAGCAGAUCUAUGAUCUCGCGUUGCAUCCGAGAGGUUUCAUCGGUGCUUCAUAAUAAAUUAAUGAAAAAAUGGAUAAUGUUUCCAAGCAUAGAGGAAUACGCUCCCAUUAAACAGAGAUUUUUUGAAAAAACAGGGUUUCCGGGGGUAAUUGGUGCAAUUGAUUGCACUCACGUCCAAAUCCAAAAACCAAAAAGGGAAAUAGAAGCAUGCUAUUUGAAUCGAAAAGGUUUUCAUUCGAAAAAUGUUCAAUUGAUCUGCGAUUUUGACCUGAAAAUCCUUGCAGGGUUUGCAAGAUUUGCAGGUGCAACACAUGACGCUUACAUUUGGGAAGCUUCACAAGUGAACAGUUUACUUGAAAGGCGCUAUGAAGCAUGUGAGCUGCGAGACCACAAUUCUUGGCUUUUAGGUGAUUCCGGGUACCCGCUGCGACCCUGGCUGAUAACCCCUUACCGAGCUCCUGCAAUCCACGAAAGUGAAAGGCGCUUCAACACCCUGCAUUCAAAAUCACGUAACUGUGUCGAAAGAUUGAAUGGUGUCUUGAAGUCUGUGUUUCGAUGCCUUAAGCUAGGACUUUCGUACAAUCCAACACUUUCUGGCCAGAUAAUAAACGCAUGUUGCGUACUCCACAACAUACGAUUGAAUUAUGGAAUUGUAGAAGAAUUUAUAUUUGAAGAAGAUGCCGUAUCAAAUGAAGAAACAAGCCCCGAUUCAACUUCGCACUUACGCGCUGCAACAGUUAUUCGUGACCGGCUCAGAUUAUCUAUUUGUCCUUAAUUUCUGUUUAUAUU